AUAAAAAGGACCCCACAAAACCUCUAACAAAACACACUCUCACCACCAACAUCAGAUGGAUUCUGCAUCUUAACCCACAAAACAACAAAAGCUAAUCGAACAAGGAACCAGACAUCACUUGUGUCUUAAUUACUUGCUCUGUUUCAGAUCAAACUUCACCACUUUAACUGUGAUGAAAGCCUUCACAAGCUUUAGUUCUAAACCUAUACUCCAUAAUAAGCUAGGAUCUUUGUCUCCUAGUGUUGCCUUUCGUUUUUCUGAUAAACCCUUUUCUUGUUUCUUUCUUCCAUUCAGAAAUUACCAAAAAGGUUCCAUUUUUUGUCUCUUGAAACUUGUCCAAAAUAAGGGUAUUUUCCCUUUUCAUGCUGUGCCAUCAGAACACCAGGAAGUAGACUUGGAAACUGUUGAGCCUCGAGUUCAACAAAGUGAGCAAACAAAUGAAUCGAACUUUGUUCGAGUGGAGUUUCAGUUACAAAAAGAUUGUGACUUUGGGGAACAGUUUCUAAUAGUUGGAGAUGAUCCUAUGCUUGGUUCAUGGAACCCUUUAGAGGCAUUACCAAUGACAUGGUCUGAUGGCCACUUAUGGACUUUGGAACUGGAUAUACCUGCCGGAAAACCAGUCCAGUACAAGUUCAUACUAAAAGGAAUAGAAGGUGAUAUUAUUUGGCAGCCAGGGUUAGAUCGAAUUAUUCACACAUGGGAAACUAUGAACAGAAUAAUUGUUUGUGAGGAUUGGGAGAAUGCAGAACUUCAGAAAAUAAUAGAAGAAGAUAGACUUUUUCAACCAAAUGAGGAACUUCAGAUUCUAUCAGAAGUGUCAACUUCUACCGAAAUUUCGGAUAAUUCUCGAGAUGAAAUGGAAUUCAAUGUAUCCAACAUAUCCGGCAUUGAAGAUACACAAAUUCACGAAGAGGAGAAACCGAUUGUUGAACAAGUCAUGCAGCAAAACAGUGAUGACAGUACUUCUUCAUCAACUGAGAAACCAAUGGCUAUUAUUGCGGAAAACAUAGGUUCCUCAGAGGAUCUCAUGGAAAGUACAACUCAUGGAACGUAUAAAAGGAAUGCGGUUCAAAAGAGUGAAGAAUCUGCGGAUGGUCGACAAAAUGGUUAUAUUAUACAUGAUAUUGAAUACAAUGGAAAUGCGGCCGCACUAAACAAUCUGGAAGGAACGACUGUGGAGGGAAGCUUAUUCGAUUUUGAAGGAGGUCCGGUUCUUGUACCUGGCUUAAUACCGCCGACUGAAGAAGGAGCUGGUUCAGGUGAAGUUGAAGAAGAAGAAGAAGAAGAAGAAGAAGAAGAAGAAGAAGAAAAGACUGCCAUAGCCAUAGACCCUUCAAUCGAACCUUUUGAAACUCAAGUUCAGAAUAUACCAGAGUUCAGUAAGGAUGAAGAAUCAGAAGAUGCAACACAACAAGAGAUAACUACAACAAUCAAUGAUGAGCUGAUUUCCUAUGAAGAGCAGUUUCAUUUAGCACCAACAAUGGAAGAAGGGUCAAACUCACAUCCAAUUCAUGGUAAUGCAUUGCAAAAUGACAUCAACUGGGGCCGCGAAACCGUAAAGAAGUUUCUAACAAAAUUUGGAUUGCUUUGAUGUCAACUUUUUACAGAACAGCUACUAGGAGAAACUUGUUCACUGAAAAUGAUCAUGAGUUAUGUGAUUGUUCUCAUCUUCUUGCCUAAAUUUUUAUUGGCCUGGAAAAGAUGGAUAAGAGCUCAAGGUGUUUCGUGGCAAUGAUUAAUGAUUGUGGCUGUAUUUUAAAAAUAACUUCAUAGUACGGACUCUAAUUCGAUCUCAGUAAAAUUAGUUUAAAGUGAUAAUACAUGUCUCCUUUUAACUAAUGUGUUUUAAUUUUACUAUGUUAUCUUGUUAUUUGGAUUGUAUUAUUCUUUCAGUUUUGGCCAUUUUUGUAUAGUUCUUGGAGUUUCAUGGGAGAUAGAAGAAGCUAUUGUUAUGUAGUGCAAUAUUGCAUAACUGGUUUGUAAAAGUAUUGUAAUAAACUACGAAAUGCAUUUGUUGUUAUUUCCUAUUUAGUA